AUGAGGCUGUUACGGAUACAACUCACUAGCUGUGACCAACGCUCAUAUUUGCUGUCACUAGCUUUGCGACACAAUUCACGCUCUUCUCUUUAUUGUCACCACCGAGCCCGAGCGGGCGUCCUUGGAUCGACGAAGCUUUUGGGAAACGAUGUACUCGCUACCCAAUCAUCGAGUCCUUGUCGCACAGCACUCGCAAGUAAUCGCGACCAGGAUGGCUACCUAUCCACUGCCGUUGUCGCAUCCCAUCCGUUUGGCUUUGCUUUUUCUUCCUCCGCCAGGUAUCCGCAUGUUCCUGAUGGUCUACAUUGUAGGUAUCCGUCCUUCGUACCAUUCUGCAAGUAA